AUGUGUGUCGAGGUCGUGACGAUCGAUCGAGGCACCGCGACGCUUUGCACGGAUGGCGUCCAUCUCUUCGCUGUCGAGUUGCACGAGGCGGCGGUAGCGGUCCACGAACUCGUUUGCGCGGGGUCCGAGUGGGUUCGGUCUCCGCGCCCCUUGCUGGCAGACACGACCUCGAUGUCGGCGGACGUCCAAGCUUUCUGGACUGCACCAGAGCCGUUUAUGUGCAUCACGAAUGGACACAGUAUCGCGGCCUACCGUGUCGACGAGACACGACUCCAGUGUGUCGCGAUUAACUUGGCGACGGCCGAAGCGACGACUGCCGUCUCGGCCGACUGCCCCCUCUCUGCCAUCACGUUGGAUCUGCGCAACAACGUCCUCUGGGCGGCCACCAAGAAGUCGAUCGUGUGCCAUCGCAACGACGGUCCCCGUGUGGGGAUGCCGCAGACCGUCGACAAGGUGGACGUCUCGGCGCUUCUCGCUUCGACAGCGAGCUCGUCAAUCUCGGUUCUUGUCCGUCUUUUUGGCGUGUGCAACCGUGUUGUUGAUGCCUACUGGAGCAACGACACUUUGCCCUCGACUGCGCGUCUGGACGUGGCGUUUGCUGUGGAUCUCUGCCCAAGUACCUUUGGCGACCUGAUUGCUCUCGUCGAAAAACUCUCACGUAGCCCCGUCCUUCCGCCGUGGCAAGCGUUCAUCGUCGAAGUGAGUCUCAAGCUGCUCUCGAUCAACACAACUCAAUGGAGCGCUGCGCCCGAGUCGUUGCCAGACCACGGAGCCAUCCGAGACCUUGUUCAGCACAGUGGCUUGCGCGAUGUCCUCCGAGCCUUGCUUGAGGCUGAAUCCACACUACCGCGCCUCCGUGAUGCCUCUCGCCGGCUCUACGUGGCGUCGAUCGACAUGCUUUUUCCGACCGUGGACACUCAAUGGGCUUUGCUUGCGGCUUGCAUUGCGACGAGCGACACAAUCGCGCUUCCGCUCGUGCAGCACAUGGCGUCGCGGUCCAAAAUGCAAUCGUUUGUCGCCGGUGACAUUUCGUUGGCGCUUCGCAGCUCGAUCAAGCAGAUCGUGGAUGCAUCGGCGGCCUUCACGUUGUCCGAGCUGGAUGGUGACACGACGUCGGAACGCGUCGAUCUCGGCGCCGCACUCGUUCAUCUUGUCUCGACGCUGCUGGACGCGGUCACAGCGACGUGCGAACGGCAUGUAUCGGCGACUGCGCACGUCAUUGGUGUCGUUCUCGCUGCUUGCGACGCACUGUGUGUACGUAUCGCGACGGCGCCAACCGCCGCCGCGUUGCAGAUCCUCGAGUCGAGCGUGCUCGGGACCGUGGCCCCAAAGCUGUUUGCAAUUGUCGAGUAUCUUGUGGCGUCGUUGCCGGCGGCGACAUCAGGUCUGAGUGAUGUGGUGGCCGACUUUGUGCCGUUGGCAAUGACGGUGCUCGAGCGCAUUCAGCCGUUGUUUCGUGCUGUCGAAAGCCGCGAUACGUUUGUCGAGACUAAGCACCGCGGGUGCACGACCGUCGUGUUCGAGUCGGAGCACGAGUACCGCAACGACAUGCACGAAAUCAAGGAGCUUCGUCUCGAUGGUGCGCAGAGCAUGACCAUUGCGUUUGACAGCCGGUGUCGCUCCGAGUACAACUACGACUACGUCGUCUUUUACACGGACAAGUCGUGCACGACGUUCUACGGCGAAGACAAGUACUCGGGUCGCGACGGCUCGUUCAAUUGGCCCGGCGUCGGGAAUUUGCCGCCGCUUGUCAUUCCGGCCGACCACUGCUUCGUGCUCUUUCACUCGGACGGGUCCAACACGGACUGGGGCUACAAGUUCACGGCUACCGCCGACGUGACGGAAAACAGCCGGUCGUUCGAGAUGCACUGGCUCACGAGCCUGGAACAUUGUCUAUUGGACGCGCUGCAUAGCGUCGUUACGCUCGAGGCGACGUGGUGUCCUGUGGCGC